CUGACAUUAACUCAGAUAGGUAUACACCAAUUAUAAGUAUGAAAUUUCUAUUUCUGUUUCUCACAGUAACGCUUGUACUGAGUACAAUGAGUACAAAGGAAUUUAAUGUUAUAUGGUGAAAACUGACUCAUUGCGUACUCGUUCAGAUCAGAUGUUUACUUGUAAGUGUUAGGGAUUGUUUUUUGAUAAAUUAUUUUUGUUAAAAGAUCCGCGAGUUCACACUGGGAUGCUAUUUCAAGUGCCAACUGUUUUAAAAUAAACCACACAUGUGUCAAACUAUUCGUAAUUGUAUUCACAUGCACUACACAGUCGGAUAUUCGUGAGAAAACCAAUUUCAUAUCUAAAUUCUGUUAUCCAUGAAAUUCAAAAGCCAUGCGCUGAUUCAGAACUGCAGCAAGACAGGGAUUACACUUUUUGAGUAUCUCGCACAAUGGUGCGAGGGGAGAAACAUAUAUUAGCCAGCGCUCCAGUAUCUUUCCGAUAGAUAAAUGAGUGCAGGUUUUACUAUUAUUAACAUAAACUGCUGUAUUCAUUUAAUGCUGAAAUGGUAAUUUUAAAUAGUGUGGAUAUUAUUUCAAAAUAUAUUGAUUCAGAACUAGGAAAAUAAUAAGCUUACACAACAAAAAGAAUGCUAAAAAAGAUGUGUUGGAAAAUUAUAAAGAACAUUACCUGAUUCAUGAUGAGUAAUCUUUUUAUGAAAUUAUCCGCAAAUAUAACAAUGGUGGAAAAAAAUCCCGAGGAUUUUAAUGAAUUUUAUUUGAAAAUGUUUAACGAAGAUUAUACGAGAAGAGUGCUUCCGGUCAGUAUUAUUUUUGGACUGACUGCAUCUCUCGGUUUUAUCGCAAAUCUUCUAGUGGUUUAUGUAUAUGGGAUGAAAUAUAAACGUUGUAAUUUCAAAUAUUUCCUGUUUGUAAUGGGAGUAAUAGGAUUGGUACAAUGUACUAUGAUGUUGCCGACCCAAGUGGCAGAAAUGCAUUACUGGUUUGCAUUCCCUACAUCAUGGUUGUGUCGCGUUUCCGCGUAUGUCUUUGGAUAUACUGUAAUAGAUUGUUACUUUGUUUUAUUGCUGAUAGCACUGGACAGGUUUCGAAAAGUAUGCCGGCCAUACAAUUGGCAGAUUCAACCAAACACUGCAAAAAAAUUAUGUAUAACUGUGUCAGUGGCGUCUUUGAUAUUUGCAACGCCACCAGGAAUAGUUAGCGGACAUCAUUCAUUUGUUACGCCAUAUAAUGCCGUUAAUAUCACAGUAACUGUUUGUGCGACCGACGACAUUUAUAAGAACCGAGACUGGGCAAUAUAUUUUCUGCUCUUGUUUGGUGGCAUUCCGGUAUCCAUCGUUAUCUUGGUAACUUGUGUACUGUAUGGAAUAAUUCUUAAACAGUUUUAUCAUGGACCGGCUUUUGCUCUUAAGAGUCUAUACAAUACAUCAACAAACGGCAUUUCGUCGGAUCAUCAUGUGGCGGACAAGAAUGGAAAUCCACUGGCAUUACGAACAGAUAACGCUAACUCAUCCCCGAUGAAGGCAGUAGAUUCACCAAAAGCACCGAGAAGAAAUUUGUCUUCAAAAGCAAUGCAACUACAAAACGUAAUCAGCGCCAUCAUUCCGGGAGGGGACAGCUUGAAAAGUACUACCAGCGGAAGAUUAAGAACAAGUGGGUCUCAACUGUCCAAACGGGGAGUGCGCCGAAAGCUUAUGCGUAAAACAUUGAUUGUUUUGAUUAUAACAAUUACUUGCAUUGUAGCAUUAGUGAUUACUUUCUGUUUACAUAUAAUUGCUGAAGAAAUAAACAACAACGUUACAUCCAUUUCCACAACAACAUUGAAUGCCUUUGUGAUAUUCCAUCGUGGAAGUUUUUCGAUUAUCUGUGCCAUUUUUCCAAUUGUUUACGGCUUUAGGGAUCCAAAGUUCAGAGGAGCAUUUCUUACAAUAGUAGGGCGAUUUCAUAAACACACCGAUUUCACAAAAGCACCAGAGAAUACACGUGAAGAAUCAAAGUGUUAUAGAGUUACUGAAGAAGUCUGAAUCUUCCUCAAAACCAACAAACUGAAUAUCGAUUUCGAUCAGUAGUAUUAAAAAAAAAAGAAAAGACACACAAAAAAAAAUGAAAGUAGAGAUGAAUUUUCUAGAAUCUGAGCAGACGAUUUAAUGAGAAAAAUAGAGGGUAAGUCAAGGUCUGUGCACCUUGAACAAUGAGAACAAUAGAGGGUAGGUCAACGCAACCUAAACAAAGGCACUGGUGACGGACUCGCUUAGGUAUGACUUAAUCAGUAGGAGACGAUGUUUUCCGAACCAUAACUACAAAAUCAUUGUGUACAUAAAUGCGCUCCCGGUGUUCCCAAUCAGAUCUCCAACAGUUCAACUCCAAUAUUAUUUAUGUUUGCUAUGUGUAAAGUUUUUUCUAUAAUUGAAAGUUGAAGGAUAUUUCCAAGAAUUGCUAAGUUGAUGUUAUAAAUUAGUAAAUCAAAAGAAUAAUCAAGCGUAAAUUAGAAGGAUAUGAAAAUAAUAUCGUAGAAUCAGACGAUUACUGCAGCCACAACACCCAGAAAAGUUCAACUCCAAGAAUUCAACAUAAAGAAGACAAAAUUUGAAAAGUAUUUCCAUAUGUAGCUAGGUUGAAAGUAUCGAGUAGAAUAGAAAAAUCGAAUUAUUUUUCAAAAUUCGACAUGAUAUCAAAUAAUACACAAACUUCACAAUUAAAUUGGAGCACGGGUAGUAUAAUUUUACACAUUCUAGCAUAAAACUGCUGUUAUUGUCACAUUUCGUGGGUGUUUUAACAGGAGAGAAAACGUGUGUUAACAAAGAGAUUCUCGCGCUCACGUGCUGUUUAUAACACCUUUUAUAUAUGCGAGUUCCGUGGCAAAGCGUAAACGUCAUUCGGCCCGAAAACGGAUAAUUCAAAACGAAAUGACGUCAACGUAAAAAACAACUCAGACAUUCCCGCGCAUUUCAUGGAAACUUAAUGACGUUGAGGUAGGAUGUAUUCAUUUAUUAGUAUUUUUCCGCGUUUUAUGCUAGAAUAGCGUUAGCGCAUGUUCAUUUCGUGUUAUAACAUCUGCAGAAUCUCUCAGGUACCCUCGCCCUACGGAUUUGGGCACCAACCAAUCCCUCGGCAUUCUGCAGACGUUAUAACACGAAAAAACAUGCGUUAUCCCUACAUUUCUGCGAAAUCAACUUCUAGUUUAGCCGACCCUAGAAAUACAACGUAUUUAUUUUAUACUAACUAAUGAAAUACUGUAUUCUAUCAGUUAAAUAUUUUUAUAUCUCAUCACUCACACUGUGAAAAUAUGAAAUCUAUAUUUUCACACUGUGAGAGAUAUAGCUCCGCCCCCUCAUACAUUGUGUAUGAAUUUUAAAAUUAUUUGCUUAAAACAGGAUAAAAAUUGUAGUCGCACUUUGUUCUUUGUAGUAUAUUUCUCGAUUCAAAUUAUUUUACUUAAUGAGAAUUUCAUACCGUUCUGCAGCAAAAAAUAAAAUAAAAUGGAACUUUAUGUUGUGUGCGCCUUCUUAUGUCACAACACGUCUGACGUCAUGUCUGUUUACGCGCGUCUGUUUCCCGCGCUGAGAUUAAAAAUUGUUGCAAAUUGCACUUUUAAACGUAAUUGAGCAUAAAAUAAAUUUGUUUGUUUUUCGUGAAUAUUGAAUAUAUCUCACCUCGAAGUGAGAAAAUGUUCACAUUUUCACUCGUGCUACGCGCUCGUGAAAAUACUUGAAAUUUUCUCACUUCUGAGUGAGAUAUAUUUAACAAAUAAUCGAGGCCUUCGAGUGGUUUAUCGUCUAAUUUAUCAUGGUUCAGAGUUCAGAUGUGUAGGAAUUGAACCACGAGGGCGUUAGAAGGGCUUGAUUGUUUUCAUUCUGACAUGCUCAUUGACAUAUUGUAAUAAAUAUUAUGCUGGACUUCAUUUACCCGAGGAGUAAUGUAUUGGACGUCAUGCGGCAAUUUGACGUCAUAACUGACGUCAUAAUGAUAUCUUACUGGUCCGCGCGUCAACCGUUGUUUAUCGCAGAAUAUAUAAGCUUGAUUUCCGUCUUUGUUUAACCAGAUCAAAUCGAGUCAUGUUAGAAUCCAUAUUCACUCAAAACAAACAAAUAUCCUCUAUAUUACACAUGAAAAUAAUGAUACGAAUAUUUUGACAAUUAAUGAAUACGGAUCUAUUCUCUCUUUUUUAGCCCACCAUCAUCAGAUGGUGGGCUAUUCAAAUCACUCUGCGUCCGUGGUCCGUCGUCCGUCCGUCCUUUAACAAUUUCUCAUUAUCGCAUCUCCUCAGAAACUAUCAGGGGGAUUUUGACCAAACUUUGGCAGAAUGAUGUAUUGGUACCCUGGUUGUGUCCCCCUAAAAAUCAGACUGGUUCAACAAAUUUUGAGUGAGUUAUGGCCCUUUGUUUAUUUCUAUAAUUUACAUAGAUUUAUAUAGGGGAAAGCUUAAAAAAUCUUCUUGUUCAAAACAACAGGGCCUAGGGCUUUGACAUUUGGUAUGAAACAUCAUCUAGUGGUCCUCUACCAAGAUGAUUCAAAUUAUUUCCCUGGGAUCUAAUAUGGCCCCGCCCCGGGGGUCACAUGGUUUAUAUAGACUUAUAUAAGGAAAAACUUUGAAAAACCUCUUGUCCAAAACCACAGGGCCUAGGGCUUUGAUAAUUUUGUAUGUGACAUCAUCUAGUGGUCUUCUACCAAGAUUAUUCAAAUUAUCCCCCUAGGGUCAAAUAUGGCCCCACCCCGGGGGUCACAUGGUUCAUAUAGACUUAUAUAGGGAAAAGCUUUUAAAAUCUUCUUGUCAAUAACCUACAACAUUCAAAUUUGGACCACAUGUAUGGUUUUGAGUGGCAAGAUGAACCUUGACGUGAGUUGACCUUGAUUUUGACCUAGUGACCUACUUUCACAUUUCUGUGGCUACAGGCUUCAUAUUUGGACCACAUGCAUAGUUUUGUGCACCGAAAAAAACUUUGACCUUGACAUUGACCUAGUGACCUACUUUCACAUUUUUGAAGGUACAGGCUUUACAUUUGGACCACAUGUGUAGUUUCGUGUUCCGAAAUGAAAUUUGGCCUUGAUUUUGACCUAGUGACCUACUUUCACAUUUCUCAAGCUACAGCCUUCAAAUUUUGACCACAUGCAUAGUUUUGUAUACCGAAACAAACUUUGACCUUGACAUUGACCUAGUGACCUACUUUCACAUUUUUGAAGGUACAUGCUUCAAAUUUGGACCACAUGCAUAGAUUUGUGUUCUGAAAUGAAAUUUGACCUUGAUUUCUGUUUUAUUAACGUUUCGGCCUUAUUGGCCUUUAUCGAAAUGACAAAUUUCGAGUAAAUUUCUACAUUCAAUUCAACAACAAUUGUAAUACAAAUCCGGAACUGGCGUAACGUUGUUAAAACGUCAUCGUCAAGUCCCGCUAAAAUCGAGACACAUUUACAAUUUUACAGGGAAUGCAAAUAUUUAUCUUGUAAAUAAUGAAAUAAGUCUUUUUAAUAUUUCAUGAAAAACUUGCAGAUGCAGCAUGAUUGCAUGCAUAACAUCACAUAUGUAACGUAUCACUUAUAUUGCCACUUUGAAGUAUAUACUACAGCUGUAUUUACAUAAAAAUAGGAAAUCUUAAACAAAUAUUUUGACUUAAUUUUUAUCAAUCGUGAAAAAUAUUUAAGAAAUAAUAUAUCUGAUCGGUGAUUUGUCGCUGAAUAAAUCACUGUUUGGAGUUCAGAUGUGAAGGAAUGAUAUAAUACUACGCAUCUGAACGACAAUGAUUUAUUCAAGAGCAAAUCACUAGAUGAGAUAUAUUAUUUUCGAUUCUAACACGUUACCAAAGACUUUAAAGUACAUCCUUGUUGGCAUUCAUUAAAUACUUGCCCAUUUUCAAUCGGUUUCUUUUCCAGCGCGAGGGCUACGCCGUUUCACGCUAUGUCGUAUUAAUUGUGACGUCAGAACAGUGAAUUGUUGUUUAAUAAAAGCUGUACAAAAAUAGGAAAAAUUUAAAAAUAAAGGGAAGUAAUUAAAAAAUCUAAUCUAUUUUUAGACGAAAUAAACAGUUUCUGAUAUAGCAAACUCCUACGCAGUGCCCUUGCCACUCGAAGCACUGCUCAGUAGUCGGGACAGGUAGGAAGUACAAAAAAUGAUUAAAAUAUGUAAUAUUAAGUCUAAAUUAGAGAAAUCUUAAUAAUACGUUUUGAACUAUUUUAUCGGCAUAUUUUCUUGCGCUUCGGUCACAUCCGGGGUUUUCUGAAAUGUUUUAAAGGAAUACACCUUCACUUUUCAAAUUAGCCAUUACCUAAAACCAUAUUUUUCAUGCGAAAUGACGCAUUCCUUAUUGUUUGAAGCCGCCCAGGAGGCGGCUUCCAGUAGGUACGCUUAAAAAUUUGUCCUGUGGAGAUGACGUCAAUUUAGGAACAGUUUUUGUAUUACCUGUUAUAUAAAGAUUGUAAAAAAUGUACAUAUAACACUGAAUGAUUUAAUAAAAUUUGAGAGUAUAAAAUCAAAUUAAUUUUUUUAAAUCAUUCAAUUUAUUUUUGAUGCAGGUAUAUAAUCAUAAUUAUAACAUUAAAUUGUCAGCAACAAUCGUAAAAGAACUUUUCCCCAUUUUUGUAGGCUUGUCAAGGGUCCUGUUCUUAAAUACUUUAUUUGAUUUAUUUGAUAGCUAUUUCUGUGAAUUUCGCAUAUUUUUUUCAUCAUAAACUAAUUUUAGUGAAAAAUGUUAAAAUAUUUAUAAAGGUAAUAGAAUAUUUGAAAUGAUCAUUUUCGCGCAAAAUUAGCGAUUGAAAUUCUUUCUCUCUAACAAAAAUGCCUGUAUAAAUGCAAGACUAUACAGACUGGUUUUCGAAUUUAUCUUUAAUCUGGUCUUUUAAUUUAACCAUGAUCCUGCAAUAAAUUUCUCCUAUGGAUAGAGAUCUUAACCGACAUUUAGUUAACAGGUGGUCAGCGCGUCUUCAUGAGUUGAGUGAGAUUCAGUGUUUGUUUUACUAGUUUAAAUCAUCAUAAAGGUCUGAAUUGCCCUUAAUCUUCAAUUACAAUUUUGUAAAAAUUAUGAUACCUAAAUGAAAACAUAUUAGUCUUCUUAUUGGUUAGAUAUAUGUAUAAACAAUUAAGAGGUGCAUUUAUGUUACUUUGAUAUCAGUAAGUCUUAUCUAAUAGCACAGUGCAUAAUAAGAUAAGAAGUCAAUUACCGUUCAUUUUGAUCCAUGUGUAAGAACAUAAUCAGCAAAUAUAUUCAACAAUGUAUCCUCAGCAGAAAGUAUUACAAGUAUUGCAAAAAAUAUUUGUUUUUAUAUAAAAGAAUGAUAUUUAAGAAUAAUAUUAAACAGAUAUUGAAUGGUGUUGAGUUAAAGUUGGACAUAAGCAGAAUGAAUAUUAUAACAAUGGAUUCAGAUUUAGAAAAGGGAUAAACGUUUUACAAUAUAAAGUGUUAAGACGUAAUUAAAUAAUAAUAAAAAGGAAAUGAUGUUUUUCUUUUUUCUUUCUUUUUUAUAUAUAUUUUUUAAGAUAGUUUAGAAACGAAAACUCAUUUUCUAACGUUCAUAAAAAGACCAAGCCGAAAUCUGUAGAUCAGUGCCUUUACUUUGCAAAACUUGGAUUUAAAAUUAUUGUGAUAACUUUGAUUUAAAUGAAGAUGCAAAAUAGGCACAAAUUUAUCAGAUUUUUAAUGGCAAUUUUUAACUCUGCUUGUAUGACAGAUUAUAGAGAUGUAAAGCCCUAAUAUUCCAUUGAAGAUAAUCUCCUGAAUGACCGCCCUAAAGCUCUUGGUAGAAAUUAGCAGAAGUUGAUAUUAAUGAUUCAAAACCUUAAAUCGAGAAGAUUUUCGACCCGUGUACAAAUUAUAAUCAAGUUAUAUUUAACAUUCCAAGACGUCUGCUAACUGAAUAAAAAAUCUUUUUACAUUACA